CUCGUCCGAUUCGACCCAUCCCGUUUUCCAGCGUAACGACUUUCUACCCGGUAACACAUCACCGUCCAUCACACGCCGUCACGAUGAGACCUACGCAAGCUCUUAUGGGUGGACCUAGUGUCCCUCACGGAAAGUACCAGCACUACCUCGGCUGGUGGGGACACAUUGGUGGCGAGAAGCAGAGAGGCAUCAUCACCUACGGCCUUGCCCCCAACCGCCAGAACCCCUUCGCGGGCGCUGCUCACGACGCCGUCUUCAACACCUGGCGCCGCUUCAGCGCGCAGGUCCUCUACUUCCUCCCUCCUCUGGUUGCCGGCUGGUACAUCAUGGACUGGGCCACUCACCGCAACCACUACCUGAACUCCAAGCAGGGCCGCGCCGAGUUCGGCGACGAGGAGUAAGCGCGUCUUUCGACAACGGUGGACGAUAAGUGCUAGAGGCGGACAACGAUUCCCUGUGUCAAAACACAUGUAUAUCAUCUACGUAGAGGCGAGAUAUGGAACAGAACCCUAUUUUUGACGAUUCUAACACAUGAGACCUCUUACUACAAAAAUAUAAAACAGUCACCCUCGUGUGUCGGUGAAAGAUAUUACGUGCUGUUGUUUCUUGAACUCCGCAGGAAAAGGUCACCAAUGUGAUCAGCCUUUGCCGCAGCAGCUAAGGGCUUGUUAGUUCCCAAUACCCAAACACAUAGCCCUUAAAGCAUCUGUACCAAAUGCUUUAUCUCGCAAGUUUGCCAUUGACUUUUAA